AAAUAGCCUGAAAAGUGAGGUCUAUGAGAGUUUUACUUUGAAAAUUGUGACCGGAAGUGUUGGUCCGACGCUAUCGGAGCUACCAAACAUCAGCAAACAAGAAGUCAUCGUUGAUUCCAACAUGAAGAUGACGCAGAAGACGCUUAAAAGAUCUUAAAACAGAAGCUCACAGGCCAGGUAUGGGGGCAGUUCACAGCAGGUGUGAUGGUGGCUCUAUGGGGCCGGGAUCGCAGCACAGUAGGUACGGCCAAGACGAUGACAGCCAGCGUAUAAUUGAGAAGGAGGACAUCAAUAAGCAGAGCUGUAGCAGGAGACGCAGCUCAGGAGAGACAGUGCACUGUCCCACCUGCCAGGGUACAGGACGCAUACCCAGAGGUCAGGAGAGCAAGCUGGUGGCCGUCAUCCCCUGUAAUGACCAGAGGCUGAGUCCCAGACACACGAAGCUGUACGUUGCUACGUCGGUUGGUCUGUGCCUCCUGGUCAGCUCCCUGGUGGUGUUCUUCCUGUUCCCACGCUCUGUCCUUCUUUCUCUAGUAGCCAUCGAGUCAUCAUUUGUUUACUUCACUGAAGACGAUGUCCAAAUUAACAUCACGAAUGUCCUGAACAUCACCAACCACAACUUUGCAGCGGUGCAGGCAUACAAUCUGACUGUGCAGGCCCUGAACUUUGACACGGUGGUGGGAACAGUUUCCAUUAAGAAUGUCACCUCUGUCCAACCACUAUCCAUAAAAAUGUACUCCUUUGUGAUCCCCAUCAGGCUGACAGACCCUGACAUGAGUAACUACUGUAGGAGGGUUUCCCUGCCCGUCCACAUUCUGUAUCUGCACCUGCAGAUGUCUAUGACGGUGUACUACCUGGCCCACUAUGAGCAGCUCUCGCUUGAGACAUACGAGUACAUCGACUGUGGAACAAACAGCACCAUACCACACAGUGUGCAACCACCACCCUCCUGAUGGAUGUAUGGUGGGUGACUGGACUAAUAGAGGAAUCCGACAAAUAAAUACUGUGGACAUACUGUUUGUGAGGUUGAGUAAUUGGGCUUGUAAUGUUUUUUUCCCAUGAACUUUAUAAUAUAUAUUGUAAUACCAGGAGGGAUGGAUAAAGGCCUGCAAAGGAAAGAUGAAUCUGAGUGACUAAAUGAAGAAUGGACUCUUUCUACCCCACCUUAUAUAUGAGAGCAUGGAAGAAUGAUGAUGAUGAUGAUGAUGAUGAUAAUAAUAAUAAUACAGUUCUUGUGGUGGUUAAACCAGGAUUGAAACAUUUCAGCAGGCAAUGAGGCAAAUAAAAUCAGACAGUUUAAACAAUACAACAAUAAUAGAAGACAAAACAUAAACAAUAAAACAGGUAAGACUUGUUGUAAAGAAGAGUGUGAUCGCAUUAAAGAAAAGCUUUUUUAAAAAGAUGCCAAAGUUACAACAGUGUGGAUGCAAUGACAAUAUGAAGGUUGGAGCAGAAAUGCCACCUGAGGUUCUGAAUCUACUGUACUGUGAUUUCUGUGCAGAGCUGUUAUUGAAAGUUAACAAUCACGUGACAGUUGUGGUACAGAAGAUGUGUUUUAAUAAAGUAUUGUCAAAGUGAAAAUUGCACUA